AUGAUAGAGAUGAUCGAUAGGGGGUGGCGACGGAGUGGGAAGUAUCUGUACAAACCAGAUCUACGGGCGAGUUGUUGUCCGCAAUACACAAUAAGACUCGACCCCACCAAAUUCAAACCAAACAAAGACCAACGCCGAGCACUAAACAAAUUCAACCGGUUCAUCCUCGGAGAUGAGACGUACGACGCCGCUCUCAAACACCUCACUCGGAAAGAAGCAGAGGUGAAAUCGAAGACUGCGAAAGAGCAACCCUCUCAACCCAACCCCAGCCCAAAAUCAAAACCCGGCAAAGACACCUUCUCCCUCCCCCUUCACACCUCCCUCUCUACCAACCCCCUCCCCUCCCCCCUUCCCCAACCCGCACAUACCUUCACCUGCACCCUAUCCCCCCCAACCUCCACCCCCGAAAAGUUCUCCCUCUACAAAGCCUACCAAAUCCGAGUCCACAACGAUCCAGCCUCCAAAAUCACCGAAGAUGGGUUCAACCGAUUUUUAUGCGAUAACCCUUUCGAGGUACAAAAGGAGGGGGGGAGGAGGUGGGGAACAUGGCAUCAGGAGUAUAGAGUCGAUGGAAGGCUCGUGGCGUUAGCGGUGUUGGAUUUGCUUCCACGGGGGGUUUCGUCGGUAUAUCUCAUCUAUGACAACGAUAUCGGGGAACGGUUCGCGUUGGGUCGGGUCAGUGCGUUGCGGGAGAUUGCGCUCUGCGAACAACUGGUAAAAGAGGGAGGAGAGGGGGGCGAGGUGAGGUAUUAUAUGGGCUUUUGGAUUUGGGGAUGUGAGAAGAUGCGGUAUAAGGGGGAGUAUGCGCCGAGUGAGGUUUUGGAUCCGGAGGGGAUGGGGUGGGUUGAGCUGAAAGCUCUCGAGAACGCCCUUGAACAAUCUGGGGGGAAGUAUGUGUCGCUUUCUGGGGAGGAAACCUACUCCACCCCAAGCGAACCCCCAACGACCCAAGAGGACGAAGAAGGAGAGGAAGAAGGCACCGACUCUCCCCCAGGAACCCUCUUCGCAACCAACAUGCCCGGAAUAACCUCCCUCCCCUCUCUCCGCGCCUCCCACGAUAUCGACGAACAACUCAUCCUCGUCAAUGGGAUGGUUGCGGAUUUUGGGUGGUUACGAGCAAAAGCCAGGAGAUUGGGGAAGAGUGGGGUGGAGGGGAUGAGGAUGGUGCUGGAGGAGGUUCUUGCGGGGGUUGGGGUUGAGGUUGGAAAGGAGGUUGUUGUUGCGCUUUGA